AACUUUACAAUUUUUGGUGUCGCGGGACACCGCUGCGCGCUGCUGUUGCGAAGGAUAAACUGUCGCGGAGUGCCAGAAGCGGUACAUAACCUCGUUAUCAUCGGAACAAUCGGAGCAAUCGCAGCAUUUAAUUGUGAUUGUUUAACUCUAAAAAAAAAUCUUAAUGGUUUCUUCGUAAAAAUUUUGUGCGUGUUUUUUUUACAAUGACAAAAUCCUGUGCGUUCCAUCAUGCGACACGGGGCGCAGAAUAAUUACCGAAAAACGUACGGUGUUUACAGUGCCGUCAAAUCCUGAAAUGCGUAGAAAGUGGAUUGCAGCUAUACCUGGAAUUUUCAAUCUGUCGUCGUCGCAAUUUAUCUGUGAAAAACAUUUUCACGAUCAUCAAAUUCGGAGGAAAUGGGUGACAUAUUCAAAUGGUGAAAUUAUAGCUGUAGUAAGUUUACUUGAUUUAAAAAUAAUAAAUAUUAGAAUUAUUGUAGUUAUCGUAAUUCUACGAUAGGCUUUGAAAUUGAUAUGAUCUUAUUUUUUCAAAUUUUUAUUCAAGGCUCCUUACACCCGUGCUCAACUUGAUCGGUCGACUGUGCCGGAAAUAUUUGAUAAUGUCAUGAAAAGCGACAUUGGUACUCCUGUGGAUUCCACAAUGGAACAACCUAAAAGCAGAGAUCAUAGUUAUUGUUCUUUAAAAAAGUGCUCUGCAAUUGAAUCUGAAUUUGAUACAGCAAUGGGUAUGGCACCAGACACUCCAACGAAGAUAGUGGUAGCUGCUUUCACAGACGAGGGGCUAACAACUCGGAUGAAUAGUCCAAUGGAUACACCUGAAGAAAUAGCAAUAAAUCCCUCGAUGAAUCAUUCGUCGGAUCAUGAAGCACAUAAAUCUUUGUCGAUGGUCCCUACAGUUUUGGGCAUGGAUUACUCAAGUAACAUCAAGGAUGAUGAGAUGCAGGAAGUGUCGCUCUGUCAAGAUGAGAAAAUUUACGAAAGCGCAACAACCGUUGAAUAUAUGGAAGAUCCACAAGGGCGAACGCGUUUAGCUGUGGACUGUGCAUCCGAAAUUCCCGACUGCAGUUUUGAAUUUUCAGACGUGACCUUGACGUGUACAACCGAAGGAACAACAAUUUCGAUCGUGAUACCACUGCCGUGGGCUGUCCAUAAGCUGGUAACAGACAAGGGGAAUUUCCUCUUCUCAUACGCUAUCACAAAAAUGGAGAACGGCGAUAAUCUACCCGUUUAUGAAAGAAAUGUUAAGCUUCACGUGAAUAGAGUACUGAGUCAUUAUGUAUACGGGCGUGCGGUAGAUGUCCAUGAUUCGAGUCUUCCUUCUGUUUUAAUUGACAUAGAGUCGCUACCGCAAACAUUGGAAACUUUCAAAAAUAUGAAUAUUUGCAACGGUAUCGGUAGUAUAAACGAUCUUUACCUUAUAUCCGAUCGAGCCUGCAAAGAUUCGGUUGACCGAUGGCGUGACAAAAACUGCACGCUUAUUUCAAGACGGAAGCGGUGUGAUCACUGCAUAAAAACGAGGACAGUGGCUGUGAGAAGGCAAGCGAGAACAAGAACGAAAGAAGGGUUGAAGCGAAUGAGUCGGGCUUGCAAUCCGAUCGAUCAACGAAAAUUAAUUGCACUGCACAAAAAAACUAGCCGUGAACGACGACUGAGAAAGAGAGCCCAGGCACGUAUCAGCUUUUUAGAACAACGCUUACAAAAUAGAGCAGCCGAAAUAGCUGCGAUUCGCAAUGAAACGUUAGCAGACAGAUGUGCAAAAUUGGAUAUUCCAACGUCUCAACAAACUGUACUCCAUCAAAUCAUUGCGGCUGCUGGUAAGAUGGAUGGCAGGAAUCGGCAUUACGGAGAAGAGUGGAUUAUGUUAUGUUUGAUGCUGAACAUAAGAUCACCUAGUACCUAUGAGUUCCUUCGCAAAAAUAACGUUUUGCCACUGCCCAGUUCUGGAACGAUUCGCAGUUACUUCUCAGCGAUAGGAAUGAGGUGCGGAUUUGACGAAGACUUUGCUGAAUUGCUCAAGAAACAUUUUGAAAAAAAAAACAGCUCUGCAACGACAAGGUGUACUCUUGUUGGACGAAAUCUCUCUAAGAAAAUCCGUGGCCGUGUGUUCUAAAAAUUUAACUUAUGUUGGGUUAACUGACCUUAGGGAAGACGGACUGCAAUCUAGUGAGAUAAAAGAUCAAGCAACACACGGUCUGGUCCUUAUGUUCCAGCCUCUGGCAGAUUCCUAUACAUAACCAAUAGCUGUUUUCGCUUCAAAAAACCCCGUUAAGGGUGAAGAACUUGCCAAGAUAGUGAUAAAAGCUAUCACAUACUUAGAAAAAACAGGAGCAAAAAUUCAUGGCGUCAUCGCCGAUGGGGCAGCAACAAACGCGAAAAUGUGGUCGUUAUUGGGUGUUUCUGGUCGAAAGGAUGAUUUAAAAAGUUGGUUCUCUCACCCUAUCGAUGAAAAUAUUCGAAACAGGCUGUACAACAAAAAAAAAUUACGGAUCAAAUCGUCCAAGAAUUAUAUACGAUGGGAUCACAUUAGUACAUUAUUCAACCUUGACACUCAGCACGCUGGAAAUGCGCGGGUAUGUCCAAAAUUGACACAACGACACGUUACGCUAGACAACACAUCGAAAAUGCGCGUUCGUCUCGCAACACAGGUAUUCAGCAAUUCGGUUGUUAACGGAUUACGUUUUUAUCAAUCCCACGACCCACAGGGGCCACUCAAAGGAUGCGAGGAAACAAUUGAGUUUUGUCGACGUAUGAACGAUCUUUUCGAUGCAUUGAACCGCAAAUCUCCAAAUCAAGGUCUUACUCCCGGAAAUGAGGAUUUUAGGAUGAUAGAGGACUCUCUUGAAUGGUUGAACGAGUGGGAGAUGGCUGUAAAAAAAGGUGACAUAGAAUCUGAUGAAUAUUUAACAACGGAAACGUCCAUAGGAUUGCGAAUAACUCUCCGAUCGACCUUGGAUAUGUGUUGUUACCUGACAGAAAAAUUUGACUUCAAAUACCUUUUAACGGGAAAAAUUAAUCAAGACAAUUUGGAGAAAUUCUUUGGGACCAUUCGUCAAGCCGCAGGCUGUAACAACCACCCGAACGCUCCCACAUUUUUGCAGUUGCCUCCGAAAGCCUCCGAAAUACGGUAACUGCACCGUCUCCAAACAACAUUCGCCAACCCUUUUGAUCACAUUGGCAGAUAUCAAAGCGAUCUAUGGACAAAAGGCCGAGGGGAUGUUUUCCAAAUAUCGGCAAGAACUUCAAGCGAAGCUUGACGAUAUCCUCGAAUACCAGGAGUGGGAGGCCGAUGAUGUUAUAGAAAAUAAUCCCGAUCAUGAUUAUUCCUUAUCCCCUAUCCUCGAUUGUAUCAUCUACUAUGUGACAGGUUUUUUACUCCAAGAUUUCUUUUAGAAAAAUGUACUAAUCAACUGUAGGUAUCAUUUUAUACUAACUUUCUUUGAUUCAUCAUUCUCACCUAGACCGCAUAGCACGCCAUAGUUUCAUGUCAUUUGUCGAUAUCGUUGAAUUCAACCUUUGGUUUCGUUUCAUGUUAUCUCUACCCUUUGGUUUAACAUAUUUCCAUGGAUUCCUACAGGUUACCUGUGCAAGCAGGUAUUAAAAAUGUACAGGAAAUGUGUAAUUUGCCAAGAAGCGAUGAGAUCAGAAUCUUCUACCACGUCUUCAGUGUCGCAAUUGGUCGACCUGAAAUCAAGGGGACGUUUGAUCCACGCUAAUUUGCGAUUUUUUAACUUGAUCCGCCACGUCGAGACCUGCUUCGCCAAAUACUCAUCACGGUGUAAUGUUUUUGAUUGCACUCUUGAUGAAGUUUUGUCAACGUUCCACUUCAACUUUCCUUGUGCCAAUCACGCCUCAAGUAUCCUAUCCUAUUCUAUUAUUUAUUACAUACGAUUAAGGAUGAGGCAGGAUGCCCAUCAAGAAAACUUAAAAGUAACGAAAAAAUUUGUCGUUAAAAAAAAUUAUCGAAAUUGGAAAAUCAAUAAAUAAAAUGGUAUCCGUUCAGACUUUUUGUUUUGUUUCUUUACUCUGUUCCUGUGAUUGAAAUUGUGCAAUUAUUUUAUGAAAAAAAAGUUGAAUAUUUGAGAAUAAUUUUCUACAAAACCGGAAUCAAUUUUCAACGAAAAAAAAACUACCGAGAAAGGGUUCAAACCCAGGUAUAUUAGUUACCGCACUAGAUCCAAGUCCAUCAGGCUGCGAUGGUGUUUCGAUAAUGAUUGUACAAAAUUCGUAAAUGUUCAUCAGAGCUGCUUAUGAUCUAAAAGGAUCUGAGUGUGAAGGGCUAGGAUUUAAUUGCAUUUUCUAAUGUUGAUUUAGAGAGACUAAUUUUUCAAUGCGACGCAUGCUAGAAAUAUGUAUUUCGCGUUUUUUCUCUGCCAUUACAGAUUCAUACGUGUAUAUUUGUAUAUGAAUAAAUAGAAAAUUGGUUAGGAUUUUGACGCAUGCGCUUCGUAUAAAUAUCCUUAACUCGCAGCGCUACCCUGGUGGUUUCGAGUCAAACUACUUUUUCAUGACGUUAGUGAACUACCCCCACUACCUUCGUUGCAAGACCUGUAUGUAAGACCGUGAACAAAACACUACAUAUAAUUGUUUAAGAGACACCCGCGAACGAAAACAUCAUUAUAAAAGUUGCGAUCACAAAAGUUAUAAAUUUGGUAACUCGACACGCGAACAUAUUCAUGCACUCGAAACCACAAAGAGCCGCCAUAUUGUCAAACACUCACUUCGACCAGCCGUCACGAAAUCUUGCGAGUGGUACGCCACUGGAGACACGCGGGCGAAACACAAACUAGCACACGUCAAUAUCGAUAAAUCCGACUAUCAACGCGACACAUUGCGGAACAAUUGUACACCAAUAAACUACACACGAAGUAUCGGCAAAAGCGAGCCCCGGUAAUACAUACCACGAACGAACACGAACAUCCCAGACUUCUCUUUAAAUAAAUCAACACACACAAAUUGUUUGAAAUUUCUUUAUUGUACCAUCAAC